UUAUCUUAAUAGCUCUUUAACCGAUGAGUUCCUAUGUUUUAGCUUACACCGUUCAUGACAGUGUCAUAUCGAGCAUGGUAGGAAGAAGCCGGCCUAAAGUAGAACAGUUUACACUCAUCAACAAACGAUUAUUUGUAAAUAAGCCGUAAAAUAAAUUACAUAAAACAAUUCACCAAAUCACCUCAAUUACAUUUGAUCACCAGGAUCGUGUGAAUUUCUAUCGUGUGCGUUAUGUGUGUGUAUGUGUUUAUGUGGAGUGCUAAUCCCACACUGCAGUCCUGCGCCAUAAUGAAACCCUGAUCUGCCCGUUGAUUGGACGGAGCGUCCAGGCCGGAGUCACGUGAGUGAGUUCUUUGGUCCGGAGUAAAAAUGGGCUUUGGUGUAAAUCUAGGGUGUAUUGCUGUCAUAUAUCACACUACCUCGUAAAAACGACACUGAGGAUUCUGGGCCAACAAAUCAGAGAGAAAAAAUAUGAGUUCUUAUUAUGUGGACGGUCUUCUUAGCAAAUAUACGGCAGCUGCUUCUCUCUUUCCAAACGUGGAGCGGGCGUCCUGCAGCAUUGGACCCGCUGGAGAGGACUACGGCUCGGCUCGGACAGCUGCGGCCAUCUCGUUCACACCAUCUCUGACUGGAGUUUACAGCGUCAACAAUGCAGUGUACCAGAGCCGGCCUGUUACCUCGGGGUAUAGCCAGGGGCAAGACGCACACACACCACGCACACUGCAGUGCAGCCUGUUCGACCAGAGUCGCCUGUUCACCGACAGCUGCUGCCAUCCGGAGCCGGGACACCUCGCCUCGCCGCCGGACAAACACUACCGGAUGUAUCCCUGGAUGAGAGCAUCAGAUCCGGAAAAAAAGCGGGGCCGUCAGACCUACUCCCGGUACCAGACCCUGGAGCUGGAGAAAGAGUUCCACUUCAGCCGGUACCUGACCCGCAGGAGGAGGAUCGAGAUCGCCCACGCUCUCUGCCUCUCAGAGAGACAGAUCAAAAUCUGGUUUCAGAACCGCCGGAUGAAGUGGAAGAAAGACCACAAGGAGGACCCGGUGUCUACUUCUGACGUGGAGAAGGACGGCGAGACUCAGGCUGCGUCAGAGUCCACAGAGCCCGGAACUGUAGAAAAACAGAGCGCCGGUUCGGAGUCAGAAACGACUGCGAUGUAACGAGAGACAAAGGAGGCAUUAAAAACACCAGAUUUAAAAAAGUAUAUACAUUUGAACAACUUAUCUUAUUUCUUACAUGUUUUUUUAAAGUAAUAUACCAUU